GGGCGGCUGCGGGCAGUGCCGCCGCGUAGACAACUAUCAUGGCAGUGGAGUUUGAUGGGGGUGUCGUGAUGGGUUCUGAUUCCCGGGUGUCUGCAGGAGAGGCAGUGGUGAACCGAGUGUUUGACAAGCUGUCCCCUCUACACCAGCGAAUCUAUUGUGCCCUCUCUGGUUCAGCUGCAGAUGCCCAAGCCAUGGCUGACAUGGCCUCCUACCAGCUGGAGCUGCAUGGGUUAGAACUGGAAGAACCUCCACUUGUUCUGGCUGCUGCAAACGUGGUGAAGAAUAUCUCCUACAAAUAUCGGGAGGACUUGUCGGCACAUCUCAUAGUAGCUGGCUGGGACCAACAUGAAGGGGGCCAAGUAUAUGGAACCCUGGGAGGAAUGCUGACUCGACAGCCCUUCACCAUUGGUGGCUCUGGCAGCACCUACAUAUAUGGUUAUGUGGAUGCAGCAUACAAACCAGGCAUGUCCCCUGAGGAGUGCAGGCGCUUCACCACAGAUGCUAUUGCUCUGGCCAUGAGCCGGGAUGGGUCUAGUGGAGGUGUCAUCUACCUGGUCACAAUUACAGCUGCUGGUGUGGACCAUCGAGUAAUCUUGGGAAAUGAACUGCCGAAAUUCUAUGAUAAGUGAAUCUUCCUCAGGCUUCCCUUCCUUGUUUGCAAUAAACUGUCUGGGACAAGAAGCUGGUGUGAACAAUGGGAAAUGGUGUCAGGGAGAUGAAGUACAGGAGAGGAAUUUUCUUCCUUCCCAGAUGUCAACACAUCCUUUUCAUUCUGUCACCACUGGUCUAAAACAUCUUUCCCUGAGAAAGGGGAGGGGAGUAUGAUAGACGUAGAAAGAGCCCUAUACAUGGCAGGUCAUCAGUACUGAGUGAUUCUUAAAUAUUACAGACCAUAAAAAUUCUCAGAAAGCUGCUGAGUGAUAGAGUAUAUGCUUUGAAUAUUAAGGCUCUGAGUUCAAUCCCCAACACCAAAAAAAAUCUCAUUCUGAAGCUCAAGGAUGGGGUACAAAAAUUAGCCCAGCACAUUUGGUCGUUGAUAUUGAGACACAGAUGCCUGAGGAACUAUUUUAAACAGAGCUGAGUUCUAGUCCUAUCUUUGCUAUGCACUCCUGUGUGACAGGACAAAUUAUUCCCAUUCUGUGAGCCUUCAUUUUCUCCUCUGUCAAAAGAAAAUAUUGAGUGACUUCUAAGGCAAAAGUUUACAGAGCCGACAUUCAUCAGCAUUUUGCUAGCAAGUGAGAAAUUAAAUUAACAGACAUAUUCAACUGCAAUACAAGUAGGAUGUCAGGCUAACCAUACAAAGUCAAAGUACUCUGAAACGGUCACAUGCUCUUGGAGUCCUUUCUAACCUUGCUCUUUAAUGUAUUUUGAAUUUUAAAAUAAUAGUUUAAGAGCCUGUCUGUCAGAUUGAUUGCUGCUGGAAAUUCUGGACAGGAUACAAAAAGCAAGUACUCAAGGAGUCUGAAAGUAUACAAGAGCAGCUGGGCUAUAAAGAGAAUCAAAACUGAAAGAGGCCACCAGCCCUAGGCAUUUCCUUCAAGCUUUGCCCUGAAGUCAGCUUCAGGUAUAGACCUGCUCUGUAGUAGCACAGGUGCUCAAUCUCCAAAAUAAAUACUCUUUCUGUAAGAGGAACUGUAGAAAAGGGGCCCCUGUAGGCAGAAGAGUGUAGGGGAAUCUCCAAAAGGAAAGGGUGAGAGAUGGGGAUUCCCUGAUUCUAGGUCUGAAUGCUUAUGAAUGCUGAGUGCUUGGUUACCCUUGAACUGCACAUGUAUGUGACAGACAUGCCCGUGUGACAAACUCUAAGCAACACAGCUGAAUGGAGAUUUAAACCUAUUAAAUUAGAAAACAAUUAUUUUAAUGGUCAAAUAACUGUUUUUUUACACCCCUCAUUCCAAACGGGUUUUUUUAGCAGCUUAUAGAGGUAGGAACAGCUUUAAAAAGAACAAAUUGGAUCAAGGCUAAGAAAAUAAAUGAAGCCAAAGUGGUGUGGAGCUGGCCUACACUGGCUUACAAGAACAGAUUGUAAAACAUUCAGAGAAUUUUAGAGGAAUUUUGUUAACCAUUGGUCACUUGAUACUGUCCAUGGUGGAAGUAUUUAUGCUGUAGAAAUCAGUAGUGUUACAAGUCACAACUUCUUGGUUUUCCCCAAAGAGUAACUUUAACAGGACACGUUUUUAUCAUUUGACUACCAAUUGGUAAAAAAACUGUUGGCUCUUAAUCACAAGGUAGUGAAAGCAAAGAUGGAAAUAAAACUAGGUACAAGAUUCAUAUGAUUCAGCUGGGGGCAGUGGCAUGCCUGUCAUCCCAUUCUACUUUGGAAGAUCAUGAUUUCAGGCCAGGCAGAGGAGAAAAGUUCAUGAGACUCCAUCUUAAUGGACAAAAAGCUGACUGUGAUGGCAUGCACCUAUCAUCCCAGCUAGGUGGGAAACCUACAAAAGGAGGCUCACAGUCCAGGCUGUCCUAGGCAAAAAGUGAGACCCUAUCUCCAAAAUAACUAGAGCAAAAAAGACCAGAAGCAUGACUUUAGAAGUAGAUUACCUGCCUAGCAAGCACGAACCCUAAGUUCAAACCCCAGCACAGCCAAAAAAAAAAAUUCAUAUGAUUCAUUCUUUUUGAAAAGCCACCCAAAAAAGUCUGGCUCACUAACUGUGCACCUUUAAUGCCAGAACUUGGGAGGCUGAGGUAGGAGGAUCACUGGAGUCCAGGAGUUUGAGACCAGCCUGGGCUAUAUAGUAAGACUCUGUGUCAAGAAAACAAAUUAAAAAGCCAUCCAAAAAUACAAAACAAAUCAUAAAUAUUUGUAACUUCUUAAGUCACACACAUUUACUGAAAUACUAUAUGUAUCAUUCCAUAAUGGAAAUGCCAAUAAAUUUCAAAGGAAGGAAGGAAGGGAGAUAACUAUGGUACCAGGAAUCAAAAUAUUUUUAUUUUGGUUAAAGUUUAGUCCAAAAAAAUCUGUAAUAGCAGUACACAGAAUGGAAGAGCCUUAGAUGCCCAAGACAAGGAGCCUAAUUAUAAUUCCUAGUGUAACAUAGCACUGAACUUCAGGCCAGCCAUAAAAAAAAUAAAAAGAGAAAUGAGAGAACUAGAUAAAACUACAGCUCUUAGCAGAUCAUAUGAUUAUCUAUUGUGUUAGUCAGUUUUUUGUCACUGUGACAGAAAGAAAGGUUUAUUUGACUCACUGUUUCAGUCCAUGUUCACUGGGCCCCAUCACUUUGAGCCUGUGGCAACAUUGAGUACAUUGUGGUGGGAGAACAGGGCAGAUAUUUGUUCACCUUGUGGCAGCUGGGAAACAAAGAGUGAGAGGAAGGGGCCAGGGUCCCAACAUCCCCUUCAAAGGACACACUUUCAUUGAACCUAACUUCCUCCCAAUAGGCCACACCUCCUAAAGGUUCCACCACCUCCUAAUAGCCCCCUGGCCUGG